AGUUUUCAAUAAAACGGAAAAACCGUUAUAAAGUGUUGGCGGCGAGAAGAUUAUUACCCGAUAUCUUCGAUCCCCGCUCGACCUCCGCCAUCCGCCGUUGCUACGCCGCCGCCGCCGCCUUCGCCUCUCUUGCCGAUGAUCUCUUUCCCCGUUGGCUUCCUUCGCUGCCAUCGCCUGUUCGGUCGCUUCUUCUUCUUGGGCCCAACCGGGAGCCGGUGAACUUGACCCAGAUCCCGAUUGCGGCGGAUCGCCGUGUAGGAUCUCGAAGGAUCUUCGACUUUCCAUCCCAAGAUUUCUCGGCCGGUGGGCGCUUCCACAGAUAUCUCAAAGGCUUUAUGGAUAAUAUGCAAUAUGCUGAAGAACUUCUAAGAGAGUUCCUUGUGUUUAGAGGUUUUACAAAUACACUACAAUCUUUUGAAAAAGAGUUGUCUACAGAUAUUGGCAGAAACUUUCAAGUGGACAAAAUUCUAGAUUUGGUGUUUUCAGUGUAUUUGCCAAACUAUCAAGCCGAUAAAUUAAUUGCCCUUCUUAAUUUCUUUAAGCAACGCUUCUCUUCAUCUUCGGAGACAGUGUUCAUUUCUACAUUAUCAAAGUUGGAAGUGUCAAUUCUUCGGUACUACAUUGUAAAUGCCUUACAAUCUGCAAGGCAUGAGAAAGUGGUGGAGUUUUUUCAGGCAAAUGGCAGUUAUCUCUUGCAAAAACGUGAAGACUGGACACCAUGGUUUGCUAUUCCAUAUAUUAAGAACCCCAGCCUAGAUCCUCAGUUUCGUGUUUACUUCUCAAAAGAAUGGUUUGAUGCCCUGCAUCUAUCAUUCCGGAACUUCUUAAGCGAGGUCUUCAAUGGGACCCGUAUCCCUGCGCUGUUAAAGAUCAGUACAGAAAAGAAUACAGUGAAAUACCUCAAAGAUGGCAUCAAGCAACUGAAUAAUAAACUGUCGCAACUCCAGGCAUUAUUGGAGACAAAAGAAGCUGAGAUACUAUAUUUACAAAGUCUGGCUCCAUCAGAUCGGGAAGCUUCCGUUCUCAAAGAGAUCAACUCUAUCAGUGAUCUUUCAAGUGAGGCUUCAUCAAAGGAUGAUGGUGUUAGUAGUCGAGUCAAAGAUUUUUGUGAACCUGUCAACGAUUCUCUUCAUAUAGGAGAAAAGAUAACAACAGCAAAUUGUGGGGAAUCUUCAGGUUCAACUGGUGUUCUAGACAAAUCCACUGUAGCCAAGUCCAGUUCUAUGGCAGGUUCAGGAGGCCAAUCUCCUUCAAAACAUGAGAAAUCUAGCAAUGUUCUUCAGAUGGCUCAUACUGAAAAUACCAUAGAUGUGGUUGGAGAAGAGGAAUUUCCUGAAGUAAAAGUGGAUUUUCAGGAAACUUUCUUGGGGCAUACUAGUAGGAUUAGUCGCUGCCGAUUUUCUGCUUCGGGAAUGAAUAUUGCUAGUGCUUCUGUGGACGGGACUGUUAGGAUCUGGACAUAUGACUCAUCAACACCAACAUCCAGAAAUGCUACGAUAUAUUGUGGAGCUGAAAUUAUGUCACUUGAUUGGGAAUGCAGAUCAGAUCGCUUGCUGCUCAUAGGGACAGCUGAUGGAGGCAUUAAAGCUUGGAAUGUUGAUGCUAAGCGAGUUGUAUGUGAUCUUAGCACAACAACAGAAUUUCCAAGUGUCUUGGACUUGAAGUGCAGCCCUGUUGAACCAAUUUUCGUUUCUGCAGCUGCAUCGAGAUGGAAUGGCUUUCAUAAGCUUGACAGAGCGGGCUUUGCUUCUUUGACUGUUUGGAAUAUGAAAACAUGGAAGGCCAUGACAGUGCUUCCUCUUGGUGAAGAUCCUCCGGCAAUUACAUCACUAUGCUUCAACCACAAUGGUAAAAUUUUGGCAGCUUCAGCAGCGGAUGGAAUGAUUCAUAUGUUUGACAUGUCUGCUGGCCUUCAAAUCACUGGGUGGCCAGCCCAUGAUACAGCUGUAAGCUCACUGCUAUUUGGACCUGACGAGACUAGCAUUUUCAGCUUAGGAUCUGAUGGCAAGAUAUUUGAAUGGAGUUUGCAAAACCAAGGUCGGGUUCUAUGGUCACGAGAUUGCUCUAGGUAUUGCUUUCCGGAGAGCUUGAAAAUAUGCAGGCAUGAAAUAGCACUGGAUUCAAAUGGCAAAAGAUUGUUGGUAACAUCUGGUUCAGUUAGGUCACCGAUAUACCAGGUACAAGGACACACACUUGGGCUACGCACAUUGCCGCAUAGUGGUGCAAUAACGAGUGUUGACUGGCAUCCAACACUACCCAUUUUCAUAACCGGCUCAGCUGACCAUUCGGUUCGGGUUACUUCCAUUAUUUGAUGGUCCAUUUCCGUGGAGUUCCCAGUUACCGGCUUGUAAUUCUCAUAGAGAUCACAGAAAGUUCCUUGUUUGCUAUCCUCACUACCUCAUGAUCAGAUGCCCAGACUGGUAUGAGGUAGCUCUUCCAAUCAUUAUGUUAUUGACAGCCAUUUUGACACUGUAAUUUAUGUUUCCUUAGUAGUGGCUGUUCAGCUGCUAUGAAAGAUAUGGAAAUCGAAUGAUCAGUAUCUUUUAAGCAGUUACAAAAAUGUUGUGGAAUAUUAAUUUAUUUGUUCUCGAAUUGUAUUCUUGAGGCUUUUAUUGGAGGCAGUAUUUGGUAUUUGUA